GAGCAGGGCAGAGCGACCCCUCGUUUCCCGCUGCUUCUGGCGGGGAGGAGAAGGGAGGAGGCCCGGCCCGCCCUGAGGGAAAGAAAAGCGAGGGAACACAGGAGGAGAAGGAGGAGGAGGAGCCGAGCCGCCUCUCUGACGGGAGACGCAUCUGACAGGAGGGAGGGAGGGAGGCAGAGCAGAGCAGGUGAGGGAUGGAGACCGGCAAGGCCGCGACGUGGAGAGGAGGAGAGGGGGAGGAGGAGGGCCAUUAGAGGCGGGCAGGGCCAGGCGGCGGCUGCUUUCCCGGAUCCAGGAGGAUGGGGAACGCGGACUCGAAGCUCAACUUCAGGAAGGCGGUGAUCCAGCUCACCACCAAGACCCAGCCUGUAGAGGCAACAGAUGAUGCCUUUUGGGACCAGUUCUGGGCAGAUACAGCUACUUCAGUCCAAGAUGUCUUUGCUCUAGUUCCUGCUGCAGAAAUCAGAGCUGUGAGGGAGGAAUCUCCUUCAAAUUUGGCUACUUUGUGUUAUAAGGCCGUGGAAAAACUGGUACAGGGAGCUGAGAGUGGCUGUCAUUCUGAGAAGGAAAAGCAAAUUGUUCUGAAUUGCAGCCGCCUCCUGACCCGCAUCCUACCGUAUAUUUUCGAAGAUCCUGACUGGAGAGGUUUCUUCUGGUCGACUGUUCCUGGGGCCGGACGAGGAGGGGGAGAUGAAGAUGAUGAAAAUGCUAGGCCAUUAGCUGAGUCACUGCUUUUAGCCAUUGCGGAUUUGCUCUUCUGCCCAGAAUUCAGUGUUCAAAGUCAUCGAAAAAACAAUGUGGACACAGCUGAGGAUAUCCAUGCAAUUGAUAGCUGUGAAUACAUCUGGGAAGCUGGUGUUGGGUUUGCGCAUUCCCCACAACCAAACUACACCCAUGAUCUAAACAGGACAGAGCUUUUGAAACUCCUGCUGACUUGUUUCUCAGAGGUCAUGUACCUGCCCCCCUCCUCAGACAGUGGCAAUACUAAUCCAUGGGUCCAGUUCUUUUGCUCCACUGAGAACCGGCAUGCACUACCACUGUUCACUUCCCUCUUGAACAUCGUCUGUGCUUAUGAUCCAGUGGGCUAUGGGAUUCCUUAUAACCACUUGCUGUUCUCGGACUAUCGUGAACCCUUAGUGGAGCAGGCAGCCCAAGUCCUGAUAGUCACGUUGGACUAUGACACUUCCACCAGCUCCAGUCCAACAGUAGAUGGCACUACAACUGGCACAGCCAUGGAUGAUAUUGAUCCUCCAGGACCAGACAAUCUGUUUGUCAAUUACUUGUCCAGGAUACACAGAGAAGAGGAUUUCCAGUUUAUUCUGAAGGGAGUGGCCCGUCUUCUCUCCAACCCGCUGCUCCAAACUUAUCUGCCAAAUUCGACCAAAAAGAUACAGUUCCAUCAGGAACUUUUGGUUCUCUUCUGGAAACUGUGUGAUUUCAACAAGAAAUUUCUCUUUUUUGUGCUGAAGAGUAGUGACGUCCUAGACAUCCUGGUGCCAAUUCUUUACUUCCUAAAUGAUGCCAGAGCAGAUCAAUCUCGAGUUGGUCUAAUGCAUAUUGGUGUCUUCAUUCUUUUGCUACUGAGUGGAGAGAGGAAUUUUGGGGUUCGCCUGAACAAGCCGUAUUCCGUGCGAGUACCAAUGGAUAUCCCUGUGUUUACAGGGACACAUGCAGAUCUUCUUAUCAUUGUCUUUCACAAGAUUAUCACCAGUGGACACCAGAGGCUGCAGCCCCUUUUUGACUGCCUUCUCACCAUUAUUGUGAAUGUAUCUCCAUACUUGAAGUCUCUUUCCAUGGUAGCUGCUAACAAACUACUGCACUUGUUGGAAGCCUUUUCAACUACCUGGUUCCUCUUCUCCACUGUUCAGAAUCACCACCUUGUCUUCUUUUUGCUAGAGGUUUUCAACAAUAUCAUCCAGUAUCAGUUUGAUGGAAACUCCAAUUUGGUAUAUGCCAUUAUCCGCAAGAGAAACGUGUUCCAUCAGCUGGCUAAUCUGCCUACUGAUUUGCAGUCUAUCCAAAAAGCUUUGCAACGCAAAAAAAAAGCCCCUGAACCCAUAUCUCGCACCAAUUCUCAAGAAGGGAUGUCAAUGGAAGGGUCACGACCCGCAGCACCUGCUGAGCCCGGGACGCUGAAGGCUAGCCUAGUCGCAACUCCAGGCAUUGACAAACUCACUGAGAAAUCCCAGGUAUCAGAGGAUGGGACAAUGCGCUCGCUGGAGCCAGAGUCUUCACAGUCUCCAGCAGAAGGCAGCCCCCCUGGUAUUAUCAGCGAUACCGAAUCAUGGAGUGGGGAAUCAUCCCAGCCCAAAAGGGAUCGACGACGCCUGUCCGGCGCAUCCUCAGCCGGACAGUGGAAUCCAACUCCUGACUGGGUAGUAUCAUGGAAAUCAAAGCUGCCUUUGCAGACAAUCAUGAGGCUAUUACAAGUCUUGGUCCCCCAGGUAGAGAAGAUAUGCAUUGACAAGGGCCUCACAGAUGAAUCUGAGAUUCUGAAGUUCUUGCAGCACGGCACAUUGGUGGGUCUGCUUCCUGUUCCUCAUCCUAUCCUGAUUCGCAAAUACCAGGCCAACUCUGGUACUGCUAUGUGGUUCCGUACCUAUAUGUGGGGAGUUAUUUAUUUGAGGAAUGUGGAUCCUCCCAUCUGGUAUGACACAGAUGUGAAGCUGUUUGAAAUUCAGCGAGUUUAAAGAGUGGGAAGAGAGUGGGCACCUUGCCUCUGUUCAAGGAAAACACUGGAAGCAAGGGUCCUGCUGAGCGCUUCUUCAUCACAGCUCUUCCUUCAUUUCACUGCCUGCUGAGUUAUCCAAAGGACAAUCACUUCCAUUUACUGACCUGCCACUUUAAAAGCUGAGAGUCUCACCCUAGCCAUUUUUUUUCUGCCACCCAAGGGACAUUGGUGGAAGUGUAUACAAGGAAAGGCAGCCUGAGUGGUUGCACCAAAAGCCGGACUGUCUCUCACCAAGUCCUCCUUGGCCUUUUGCCUGCAGUUCUGAAUCUAACUACUUAAGAGUUGAAUCUUUCAAUUUCCCAGUCAGAUUCAGCCUUGAAAUUUAAAAGACGUUGAAUGUAAAAGUUAUAAAAGUAGACCAAUGAAAAAGAAGCACUACUGUAGGAGGUUCCUCUGUGGUUCUUUUCCAAAGAAUGUGUCCUAACACCUCUCCAUGUUGCAGCUCCCCCUUGCUGCUGUCUUGCUUUACUGCACCUAAGGAGGUUGGGAUAAUAGCUUCAUUUACUAAGUGUGUGUGGCAUUCUAUUUAUUUAAGUCAUUUCAGGUCAGUCUUGUAGGUUUGCUCUUCCUCUCCCUACCACUGAAAAUCUGCUUAACUACUUUGUAUCAAUACUGUAAUGUGGCAACCAAAUUUUCCUUCCUUCCUUCCUUCCUUCCUUCCUUCCUUCCUUCCUUCCUUCCUUGCUUGCUUGCUUGCUUGCUUGCUUGCUUGCUUGCUUGCUUGCUUGCCUUGGAGGUGCUUCUUUUAAAGACGGAUCUGUGUCAGUGUAUCAUGUAUUUUCAAAGUUGCAUUUAUGCUGGGAAAUGUUGUUGGAAAAGAUAUUCUCAUGUGGGAUGCUUCAAGGAGGUUGUGUAUUUUUCAGGAAUUACAGAAAAAAACCCCACAAUUGUAUUGAAAAAUAAUAGGACAGAUAUGGGCUGGAAUAGAUUGCUGGAAUAGAAUUUUUUUUCUUUUAUGACAUUGCAUAGUGUGGUUCAUAUUACUUAUGGUUUACUGUAACAGAUUAAAUGCAAGACAUAUCUGGGAAUUUCCCACUAGCAGGGUGCAUGAGGGAUUGGUUAAGGCUGAUCAACAGAAUUUAUGUCUUAGAGUAUAAGCCUAAAAUAAUUGUAUUUAUGUUAUGCAAACCAGCAUUGCUUUGCAAAUAUGGGUCACGGGUUAAUUAUUUGCUUAGUCAACAUAUCUUUAUCCCCCCCCCCCCCCCAGAUGGUUCUGAAAAGAUUCAAGGCCCACAGUUUAGAAUCACAUGCUAUCCUUGUUUAUCACAGAAGAGGGAAAGUUUGUUCUGCACAUGUCACAAUACUGCUAGUUUUUAUCUUUUAACUAGUGAUUUUGAGAUCUCAAAGACAACUUGUUUUAUAGCCUUAUUGGUUCUCUUCAAAAAAUUGCCACCCUUUAAUCUGAAGCUAAACAAUAUUAGCUGUUAUUAUAAAAAAACUUCUUAAGUUGGUCUGGUAAAUUUAAUAUCGGUGCAGGUUUUUUUUUUGUUUUGUUCAGGAGCAGAAUAUCUAUUUUAUAUUACUGAAAAACUGGGCAGAUUAUAGACACCUAGGGCAAAAUCCAGCUAGUGAUUAAAGUGAAAGAAUAGACCAAAAGGCCUAUUCUUCGUGUCCCCUAUUUGUUUUGAAAAUCUUAGAUAUCCCAUUUCUGUUACUUAUACAAUUCAUUGUAUUUGUUUUAUCUUUCAUCCCAAGGAGCAUUUUGAAGUCUGCAUGUUUUUUGGGAUGCCUUGGGUCUUUCAAAUGUGAUUUGGUAGUGGGGAUCUGUAUACUUCAUGGUGGGGGAAGGCUCUUUUGAUUCACCACUGAUCCACUGUUUCCUCUCUCUCACACAUACUCUGUGACCUUCUCUACCUCCUUAGUUGGAUUUUAUUUUUCAUGGUAAUUUAACUUGACUUCUGCAUUCUUUGGUGUUGCAGGUCUGCUCUUCAUUCAGUGAAAAAUCAGAAUUGCACUGUAAACUGUUUGCUUUACACAUAGAGAUAAAAUUAUCGAAACACUGCAA